GGUUCGCGCCUCCUGGCGCAGGCGCAGUCGCUUUCCCGGCAGUAAUGGAGGGUGCAGGUCCUCAGCUGAUGGUGGAGGGCUGCCCUCAGGGAGCCUCCUCCUCCUCCCCGGUCAUGGCGGCGGGGAGGGGGGACAGUAGUAGUAAUGUAGACACCCGCCCCGGCCAGAAAGAAGAGUCUGUUUUGUAUGGACAGAAAAGUAGCCCCCUUUUUACAGACACCUUCUGCAAAGUGUGUGGGGCAGUGCUGCAGUUUGAGUCUCAGAGGAUUUCUCAUUAUGAGGGUAAAAAACAUGCUCAAAAAGUUCGACUUUAUUUUCAAAUGCGCGGGGAUCAAAAGGACGCAGAAAUGCCUGACAGGAAAGUGACGACUGAUGCUUUGAAUUUUCAGAUGGAUGGGAAUGGAGUAGUGGACACAAACAAAUUUUGUGAUCUCUGCAACAUGGUUUUUAGUUCCCCAGUUGUUGCUCAGGCUCACUAUGUGGGAAAAUUCCAUGCCAGAAAGCUGAAGCAUUUAUCAGGUGAUCAAGCUCAGACGUCUCCGCUGAAUUCUCAGUCAAAUAAGGAUCCGACCGUUAUGCUGUCUACAACUCCAGAAUCCCAAGAACCCCAACCUGAGCAGCCCUCUCUGGAUGUGACUUCCGAAGGGACCGCACCUUCACCCUCAUCCCCCUCCAACAAUACUUCGGAUUCGAAUGAUCCAGACAAAUACUGCGAACUCUGUUCCGCAUCAUUUAACAGUCCAUUAAUGGCCCGACAGCACUACAUUGGGAAAAAACACAAAAGAAAUGAGGCCCGGAAGAAGAUGAUGGAAGAAAUGGAGCCCGGGGCCCUUCCCGAAGAGUCCAGUGCCAACGCCCUUGGCGUGGGUUACUACAUAUGUCCCAUUUGUAGUAUUCCCCUUACAUCUAUGGAAAUGUACCAGGCCCAUUUGCAAGGAAAUAAGCAUCAGAUUAAAGAAACCCUGGUUGUCAACCUAAUGAAGAAUUCAAAGCAAACCUAUGACUCCUUCCAAGAAGAACUGGAUGAUUACAUUAAGGUACAGAAAGCCCGAGGGCUAGAACCAAACACUUACUUUAGGAAAGCGGUGGAGGAGGAGUUGGAAAGCUGUGAAUAUGAGGAGGAGGGCUUCAGUGGGUAUGAAGAUGGUGGGUUCGAUCAGAUGCUCCCAUUCGAGCGAUUUCAGGCCUUUCCAGAGGCCCGCACCAUAUACUGUACGGUUGAGAACCGCCCACCUCAUUGGGCAGCACGUCAGGACAACCGCUUAAGACUUAAAUCCCUGACCCAGUGUCAGUUCAGCAAGGACUCUUUGAGGCCCCGGCCCCCUCACCACGAAGACACUUCUGGCCCCUCGGGCCUCAAAUCUGAGAAAGAUGCUAACCCCAUCUCUUCGGACAACCACACCGGUUCCUACCGAGUAGGACAGAAGUUCCAACGGGCACACCACGGAAGGAAAAGGCAUCGAGAGGAGGGAGAAGAGAAGGAAAGCGAUGCGCUCCCCAAGCAGAAAAGGAAAAUGCCCUCCGAGAGAGGAGAUCCAGGCAAGGAUCACCAUAAGAUGAAGAAGAAGAGGAAAGAGGCAGGCUCCGUCGACGGAGAAAAGUCAAAACACAGGAAGGGAAAAAGAAGCCAACGGGUAUCUACGGACAAAGAGGACCGAAAACACAGAAGGGAUAAAAAGAAGGAACCCACGGAAGGACGAACGGAAGAGGAGAUGCUUUGGGAUGAAUCCAUACUUGGAUUUUGAAGCUGCUUUUUCUAAUUUGACCCAGGGGAAUGGUUGAGUAUGCAGUUUGAAACCCCUUCUAACAUGGUGAAGGAACUUAUGGUUGCACUUUGGAUCGAUUUCACCAAAACACAUUAUUGCCUCCAAAAAUGCUACUUGAGUUAGCUCUAUUUUUCUUCCCAAUGAGUCAUUGGUAUUGAAAUUUCUUACCCCUGGUAUAUAAUUUAUUUAAAGGAGAUUCCAGAAUAUUGAUAGAUUUACUUCAUGGUGGGUUUUUCUGUUUGUUUUAAGGAAAAUAUGAAGCAAUUUAAGUUUCAUUUCUUUACUUGGUCUUAAUUUAUAGUGUGUUUUCCAGAUCCGAAAGUAGAGAAAAGCAGCGGUCUUCCGUACUGUAUUUGCACAAGUAUAAAAUUGUUAAAUAUGUUCUCUCACAGUCCUGACCCUGAUUUAAUUUACA